CUAUCUGUUCAGUAAUCAGAGGCCGCAGAGAUCCUCAGACAGCAGAUCAGAGCUGGUGCUGACAGAGCUCACACACUGUCAUUGAUUUCAUUCAGCAUUCGAACUCUUUCUGUUUAAAACUCUGUAUGUGAUAAUUUAAACCCAGUUAGACCAGCAGCUGUGAGACUGCAGACUGAUGUAAACCUGGACCCAAGUUCUUCUUCUUCUUUUUUUCUUAUUGUCUUUUUUUUAAAUCUACUUUCCGGUUUCGGGCGGAGAUGCCGGUCCAGAUCCCGGACGAUUCGGACUUCUCGUCGUUCAAGGAUCAGUGUUUGAGUCCGGACGGAUGGGUCAGCCGGUACAGUAAGGGAGGGGUGACGGUGUGGUGCCGCGAUGAGGAGAGCCGGAGCGUCCAGAAACUCAAGAUGCGGAUAGUGUGUAAAGACGUGACGGCAGAGACACUGUACGACGUCCUCCAUGACACAAGCUACCGCAAGAAGUGGGACUCCAACAUGAUCGACACGUACGACAUCGGCCGGCUGACCGCCAACGCCGACAUCGGAUAUUACUCAUGGAGGUGUCCAACUCCACUGAAGAACAGAGACUUUGUCACCAUGAGAUCUUGGCUUCCUCUCGGCAACGACUACCUGAUCAUCAACUACUCUGUCAAACACCCGCAACACCCUCCUAAGAAGGACUACGUCCGAGCCGUGUCCCUGCUGACAGGAUACCUGAUCCAGUCCAACGGAGCCAACUGCUCCACCCUCUACUACCUGACCCAGGUGGACCCCCGAGGUUCGUUACCAAAGUGGGUGGUGAACAGAGUGUCUCAGUUAGUGGCUCCAAAGGCCAUGAGGAAGAUCUACAAAGCCUCCCUGAAGUAUCCCGAGUGGAAGAGGAAGCACAACCCGAGCCUGAAGCCGUGGAUGUUUCCGGAGCAGAACACUCUGCCGUGUAUCAACGUGUCGGAGCUGACGGUGCAGCGAGCCGAUUCCCUGGAGAACAUCGACGAGAGCGGGCUGAGCGAAGAGAAGCAGCACAGCGACGACGAAGAGACUUAAACUGCAGAGGGGACUGAAAAAACAACAAGAUUUAUCACUGAUUUAUUUACUUUGUUUGUUUGUUUGUUUGUCUGAACAAUGAGAGCUGCACCGCACAAUUCUGACUCAUUUUCUGUUCAUUUAUUCAACGUCUUGUCUAAAAGUUUCUUUAAUCCAGUUUCACUUUAGAUUAGAUCAGUUUAGCUAUUAGAACAACCUUCGAAAGGUUUAAUCUGGAUCCAAAUAUUAUCAAAAUGAAUACACAAGCUUGAUCCACGACCUUGAUGACUAAGAACGACACAGACACAAUCCAAAUAAUCCAGAUUUGAUAAACCACUUUUUUUUGACCUGACUUACUUGUGUUUUUUUCCCAGAGUUAAACUAGAUUAAAUAUUCCUCAUCCAGAUCCAGGCUUUAAAGGACUAAAUACUUUAUCUGGAUUAUCAGAGCUCUAUAUUUGAUGAUACACUUUGUCCACAGGGGGCGCCAAAGUCCACACAAACUGAGAAAGUUCCACAGCUGCUCUAAAUGUAAUAUAUAUAUGUUUGAUAAUGAUACUAUCUGGUGAAUCUUAAUGUCUUGUUUAUCCACUAGUUCACUGUUUAAAGGUUUAAGAAUUCAGGAGUAAAAUAUAAUAAAAGUCUCAAGCGUGGA